AAAUCGUUUGCUAAUCUCCCAGUGGCUUUCACCAACGAGCUUGACUGGCCCCAGUUCUCAGAGAUCACUGGAUUUCUGAACUCCACCAUUGGAGGCUGGACAGACUCUCUGUAUCUACGUUUACGCAGGAGAAAUCGCUGCAAUCACAGAGACUUACAGAACAUUUCCCAAAAUGGUGGUUCUUCAGGAAACCUCCUCUAUUUAAUAAAAAGCUUGGCCAGAAACCAGCUGCUGGACAAUCCAGCCAUAGUAAUCUACGCUACCAUUGGGAAUGAUGUCUGCAAUGGGAACCGUGACACGCUGGCUCACAUGACUACACCCAAAGCAAUGUUCUCCAACGUGCUGCAAGCUCUGCGAUACCUGGAUUCCUGUCUUCCAAACGGCAGCCACGUGAUUUUAACAGGCUUGGUGGAUGGGCGCUUCCUCUGGGAUAACCUGCACGACAGAUACCAUCCUCUAGGGCAGCUGAACAGGGAUAUCACAUACAGUCAACUUUAUGCUUUCCUCAACUGUCUCGAGGUGAGCCCCUGUAGCGGCUGGCUGACCCCCAACGAGACCCUCAGGAAUCUGACCUCGGAGAGAGCUUUACAACUUUCCAACGUCCUGAAAGAAAUAGCAGGAUCUGAGAAAUUUGCCAACUUUGAUGUUUUCUACAUGGAUUUCCCACUGAGACAAACGGCCGAGGAGUGGCACAAGAUGGGAGGUGAGCCCUGGCAGCUGAUCGAACCGGUGGAUGGCUUCCACCCCAGCCAGAUUGCUGCAGCCCUCGGAACAAGCAUUACCUGGCAGAAGAUGCUGCUUGAAUGGCCUCAAGUGCUUGGGAAGGAGAAUCCAUUCAAUGACCAGAUUGAAGCCAUAUUCAAAGAUCAAGGUGGACACUGA